AUGUUAGCUGAAAGCGGCGGCCAUACUCGCAAGCUGGCUAGUGCUGGCUGCUCUGGCAAACACCCGCAGAAUUGUCAGCGGGAUGUGACCCGUGCACUCGACCUGCCGCUGGAGCUCUUCUAUGUCAAGGUGCCCAUCAAGUGCCCCAGCGAUCCGAAGAAAGAGGUGGAGUUCGAUUGCCCCAUAGUUUUGCCGUACGAGCUCUAUGCUUUUCUGGCACUCGGAAAGUGGACGCCUCCGUGUGACCGAGCCGAGAUUCGCAAGUACUGGGACCACGCUGCAGCCGCUGUCGCCCGAGACCCCUCGGGCGAGAACAGGCGACUUCCGGGACGUGAAAAACAGUCUAAUCCAUUUUGCCUUUGGGGCGAUGACGCCCGGUACAAUCGUUCUGGCCAGAAGCUUGUUGUCUUCACCAUGAACAGUUUGCUUCAUCAAAGUUCUCGAGACUGGGUCGAUUUUGAUCAAAUCUUUUAUACCGAUAUCUAA